UUUAAGACAUUACUUGUAAUGCAUUCGGUUGAACAACAUGUUAUAGUAUAACAGUUUUUCAGAUUAAUCGGAAACUGUAGGUUUAGCUUAUUUAUCGUUGAAAAUACUACAUUUUACAAUUCAGUUCAAAGGAUAUUAUCUUAAUAAUGAAUCUGCUUCCAAUAUUUUUGAUAUUCCCUUCGUUGCUCCUUUGCCAGACCUUGGCUCAAUCAAUGACUUGUUCUUAUGGUCCAAGAGGGUCUCUGAUGGCGGUUUGUGUCAACGCAACUCCAUCGUUUUUCCGAUCGACCAAUUACCGUUUCGAUAAUUUAGACCAAUCUUUAAAAUGCGUUAACUGCAACCUAGCACAAAUAGUAAGCAACUCCUUUGACCUGUCCGGCAACGAAAUCAAACUUCUCGACAUUUCGAACAGCAAAAUCCGGACGUUGGAGAAGAAGUCGUUCGUCGGUUUGGUCUUCAUGACGACUCUCAUUAUGCACAGCAAUUUUAUCGAACUCAUAGCUCCCGAAACGUUUCAAGGAGUAAAGCGUUUAGAACAACUGGACGUGUCCAAUAAUUCGCUGAAGAGUUUGGUAAACGGCAGUUUUCAGGAGCUGGAAUAUCUGAAGAAAUUGAAUCUGAGCUACAACAAAAUUGCGAAUAUUGAAUCAGGUGCUUUCAUUGGUCUCAACGCACUCGAAGAAUUGUAUUUAGAUCACAAUUUCAUCGAAAAUAUUUGCGGCAACUUCGCUCCUUUGGCUAACGUUCAAAUCAUGAAGUUGCAACACAACAAAAUUAAAAUUGAUAGUUUCUGUUUCACCAGCAAUCCAACGCUACGUGAUCUUGAUCUGAGCGAAAACAACAUCAAGGUUUUACCCCCUCACGCAUUUAAGUCACUGACCCAUUUAGAACGAUUGAACCUUUCGUUCAAUGGUAUAGAAGUCAUAGAUCCGGAUUCGUUUUUGAAUCUGUACUUUUUGGAGGUGCUCAGUCUGAAAUCCAACCACAUCUUCGAUAUACAUAGGAAAUUAUUCAGAGGUCUACAUCUUCUCCGCGAUCUGGACCUUUCAAACAACUCCAUAUCCGAUUUUAAAACCGGAUACUUCAGUGGCAUGCCAGAACUUCGACAUCUCAAUUUGUCUUACAACAAAAUCGAAUACUUAGAAAAGACUGGUAUUCUUUCCCUUCCAAAUCUGGGCGAACUCGAUUUUAAAAACAAUAGCAUUCGAGAUAUAGAUUAUAAGAUAAUCGUGUCACAUUUACCAAGAUUAACUCACAUGGACAUCACGAAUAAUCCUCUACACUGUUCAAUUGUUCCGAAAAUUAUUAAAUAUUUCGAGACAGAUUACAUUACCCUCCUUAUCAGCAAUUCUUCUGAGCCUUGUACCGAAAAACCUUUAGAAGAAGUCGACACAACAUCUGAGGAAGCUUAUGAAACCUCCGUAUACGUUGAUAUGCAUCGAGGUGAUAUCGUAGCUUUGUAUAUCCUUGUUUCAAUCGUUCUAAUAUGCAUCAUUGCCUUGUUCUACCUCCAAUAUCGCAGUUACAGAUUGGAAAGGAACAGAAAUUGUGCAAAUAAUUACCACGACGCUCCACUGAUAUGCUCAAGUGAUUUAGAGUCGAGGGAACGGGGCGAUUACUAGCAUUUCAACAUUAAUUCUUUUAAUGUGUCCAUAAAAAUACUCCAAGCGAGUUCAAAGAUGGAAAGGAAGACCAGGCAGUGGCAUGAGGUUGUGCUUCUUCCUUAUCACAAAGAAUAUUUGUACUUAUGUAUAUCUGUUGGUUGUUACACACAAAUGUAUUUUAUUAAAAACUUCUCUUAUCAGAA